AUGGAGAUUAGAGAUCAUGCGCCGUCUUUGCCCUCAGCAUUCGUUCGGCUGCUGGGUAGGCCUGUGCGAGGUGCUUCGGCGAGUGUGCUGACAGCUCUAAUCGAGCAGUUGUCCAAAGACCUUGAGUUUCGUACUCUUUCUGAAGAAGGUUUUGAGUUCACGAAAGAGGACAACGCGGACGGGGCGGAAACCGAUGGGGUCUCCUCACGUCCGCUGGCGGCGUCUCAGGCUUCUCCGCUGGCGUCCUGCUCAGCUGCCCUGGAAACCGGGCGGUCUGCGGGAGAGGGGGACUGGCGUUGCCGAGCUUCGUGCAGACGCGCAGUUCUCUCCUCGGAGUUCAUGUCCCAAGUCAGGGGGCACUUGGAUGCCUGCGCCACUGCGGAUUCAUCUUCUGAGCAGAAGCUUGAACUUGCCGGGGCCCGGCUCGCGUGGAGUUUUCUUCUGCUUCAGGCGGUCUCCGUUUUCUGGGAGAGUGAGAAGGAAAGCACUCCGCAAUGGACGCCGGGGCCGUGCGUAGGGGACUUGCUCGGAGGUCGACCUGCAAGCGUGGAAGCUUCUGGAGAGGCAGCUGUUUCUGUGCCGCUGGAAACGCGUCCAGAAGAGGAGGUGGCAUUGUCUGCAGGGACCGUGGACGUUGAACUGGUACUGAGUGGUCUUAUAUCUGGACUUGAAGCUGUAUUGACUUGCCCUUCCGCAAGCAGCGUACAACGCUGCACGUGCGUGCAAAUGCUAAAGCGACUGCGUGGCGUCAUUUGCAAGCACAUGUCAGACGGAAGACCUGACAGAUGGGGUUCGUCUACCACUCCGCCCACUUCCGCGUUGACCCCUAGCACGACCGCCGCGGGCAUGCUGGCUGAACAGACUAGUGAAGACUUUCAUUCACGCGUGCUGCGCCGCUUGGCUCGUUCUAUUUUCUUUGUGAAGACUCCAUCUCUUAUCUGCAGCGUAGCCCAUUUUGUUGAUGCUGCUGCGCGGCCGCCGCCCGGCGAGGGGGUAGUGUGCAUGUUGAGCUCGCCUGCUCGGAUGCCGCAGGACGUCGUGCAUUCGAGACAGAGUGAGGUUGAGCAAAUAGAGGCGUACCGGCGGGGCUUGGUCGGCAGUUUGAAACUGAUUCUCUCGGUAGUUACCGAUGAAGCCGGGGUUCCGGGGGUUCUGCCAUAUGCGCCCCCGACUGAAAACGUUGACGCAGAGCUCUUGGAACGGAUUCUUUUCAUUUGUACGCCGCCAUCCAUGCUGUGGCAACCAGAAGGCUCGCCACGGUCAGCGGACGCGGAGAGGCGCUACGAGCGCUUGUUACCCUCGCGCUUGAGGGGGUACGAACUUGUAUUUGGUGACAGAGCGGAAAUGGUUCGCGCUUCAAACGUGGCAUCUCGCAGCGCGUUGACCCCGAGCCAGCAAAGCAUCAGCCCAGAACGUGCCAUUCGGGACGCCACGUCGGCUGUGGCUGCUCUAGUCGAAGCUCUGCUUGCCCCGCUCCAAACUCCUACAAAAGAAUGUGAAUUGGCGACCACCGAGGAGAGUCUCCCCGUCGCGAAGGCGUGGCAGAAUCCAGCAGUCGUCUCCUUGGGUGCUGAUAUUCGUCAAAAGCUGCGACACGCCGUCAGCCCAUCGGAGGCCCAUUCAACUAUGGCAGGGACCCAUCAUCAGCCCUCCUUGUCGGAGAAUAGCCAUACGCGGUUGAUCUGUAAAACUUGCUCUCUGCUCCUGAGCUGCAAGAAGCUGCCUCCGUCGUUCGAUGGAUCGACGGGGAAGAGCAGGAGACAGUUGCUGCCCCUUGCGGUCGCCGUCGACGUCGCCUCGGCGCAGACAGGGAUCCCGGCAGAUUCGUUUCGAGACAAAAUCUCUGGAGCCAAAUGCCUUCCACACGGUCUAUCCGACGAGAACGUCGUCCGCCAUUCGGCUACUGUUAUGCGCGGUGCAGCGGAGCCGGGAAUAACGCGGCAUGCUAAAAACCAUGAUUUCGAGGCUGACACCCAUCUUGGAGAUACGAGCGCAAUGCUUCUUUGCUUCAUGGUUGCGCGGGUCUUCCUAAAUCUUCUACGUUCAUUAGCGGUUCAUGAGGCGGAUGAGUAUUCGAGAUUGACGGUGCCGAUUCUUUUGCGCCUUGUUGACAUACCACAGCCUCACAUCCGCCGCAUAGGAUGGACAUGUUUCUGCCUUGCCAGCAAGCUCUUGUCUCCAUCAGAUGCGGCGGCGUUCCGUCCUCCCUUGCUGCGGGCGAUUCACGAUGCCUUUCCCGUCUGUAACGAAGUUCCUGGCUGCGUCGAUCAGUAUCUGUCUGCGGCCAUGUCAGCUUUCGAGGCCCUGUUCCCCGACCCCACAGACAAUGAGUUUUUGACGGAGCUGCAGUUUGUGACCAACAUGUGCCUCGUCACGCUCAGUCGGGAGCCUUCAUGCCUUGCAAGCUGCCUCCGACAUUUCCAGGGCAUUGUUAAGCGCGCAAGAAGUGCGGUGACCUAUAUAUCUGCGGAGUUGAUGAAGCUUGGAAUACGAGCCGUAGAAUCGCAUUCUCCGGUUGCAGUUAUCGAAGGUGUAGCGCUACUUCGAGAGCUGCUGGCUGCGCUCGGCAACCACGGUAUUUGCUUUUUCCAAGAUGUUCUGUGCCGACUUGUCAUGAUUUAUAUCACGUAUAUCUCCCCGGUGACAACCAACCAAGAUCACUGCCACUGUUUUACGACGCGCGGCAGCAAAGGGAACGUCCUCGCAACUACAGGCACACAGAGUGAUCGCUUCAUGUGCUCACUGUCUUGA